AUGUAUCGAUAAGAUCAAUCAAUAUAUUUUGCCACCGCCAACUUACCAUCAAAGAGACAAACGUGAAAUUGUGCUUAAAAAAACAAAAAAAUUACUAAAGAACAGGAGAAAAGGAAAUUCAGUAACGAAUAUGAAAGACUGGGCCACCUACAUAGCCCCUUACAUUAGGAGACGCCGCACCGCCGAGCAAGAUCUGGUGUACAACUUUGGCGAGCAAUUGUUGAAUGAAAUAGAGAGCCUCUGCAUGAACAAUCUCUUCUCGGACGUGUCGUUCCUCGUGGAGGGGCAGCGCCUGCCAGCGCACCGCUUGAUUCUAGCGACUCGCAGUCAGUACUUCCGGGAACUGCUCUUCGGUGGCAUGUGCAAUUCAAGGGAACAACUGAUUCGGCUGGAGGUGCCGCUGGAGGCAUUCAAACUAAUACUGGGCUACCUUUACGCGGGCACUGUGCCCUUAUCCUUGGAUACGGAUGCUAUCGUGCAAGUGCGCGAUUUGGCCAAAAUGUAUGGCUUGCUGGAACUCUGGACGGUCAUAACCAGAUACCUAAACGGCCGUAGUGUUUCUUAGAUGACCCUGUUCAGAGAAAGGCCGUCAGGCAAGGAACUGGAGCGGGCGUGCAUAAAAGACAAUGUUCAUAAGUUCUUCUCAACAAUUCCAAACAAUCCAGCAUACCCGAUUUGCGCAUAGCAAAUUAUAUAUGUAAUUUCUGGCAAAUAUAAAUUUACAUAUUCAUUCUGAUAAUCAGCUGAUUCAUACCAAACAUUUCAGUGUGACCAAGCAAAUGCAAGAAUAAUCGGAAUAGAAUAAUCAAAACC